CGAGGAAGUGAAGAAAACCGCGUCAAGCGGGAUAUCAAAUCAAUCGUGUUGUUAACACGUCUGCCAUUGAUUCUCUAUCACGAUUCCAUUAAACAUAGAAACACUGAAACGAGAAAAUAUACAAAAAAUAAAAACAAUCUCGAAAAAAACAAAGACAGAAUGUUGUGUUCCAGAUCUAAAACAGUGUUCGUACUUUUCUCAUUCCUUCUUGUCGCCACUGGAAUAUCUAUUGCUGAAAAGGAAGCAGCAAGUGUUGAAGAAGAAUGGGGGACAAGUGUAAAAGAAAGGUUUAUGGCAGAGGAAAAAGGAGAGAACUCGUCUCUGAUUUUGGCUGCAAACAGAACAAAGAGGAAAGACCCUACUGAGAAUUUCAACAUUUACACUGGUGGAUGGAACAUAAGCAAUACCCAUUAUUGGACUUCUGUUGCUUAUACAGCGGCGCCUUUCUUUGUGAUAGCAGGAGUCUGGUUUGUGAUCUUCGGGCUAUCCUUGUCUCUCAUUUGCCUUUGCUAUUGCUGCUGCGCCCGUCAGCCUUACGGCUAUUCCAGGGUUGCUUAUGCUCUCUCCCUUAUCCUCCUCAUAUCAUUCACAAUCGCUGCAAUUGUGGGAUGUGUUUUCCUUUACACGGGCCAAGAGAAAUUUCAUGCUAGCACAACAGAUACUUUGGACUAUGUGGUGAGACAGGCGAAUUUCACGGCGGAAAACCUCAGGAAUGUGUCAGAUUAUCUCAAUGCAGCUAAGAAGGUGGAUGUGCAAUCCAUCGUUCUUCCAGGGGAUGUUCUAUCGAGCAUCGACAACAUACAAGGAAAGAUUAACUCCUCUGCAACCACUCUUUCUGUUCAAACAAUGGAGAACCAAGACAGGAUUCAAGAUGUCUUGGAUAACAUGAGACUUGCGCUCAUCAUCAUCGCUGCUGUGAUGCUUUUUCUUGCGUUCAUUGGAUUCUUACUCUCCAUCUUUGGACUGCAGUGCCUUGUAUACACGUUAGUGAUCCUUGGUUGGAUUCUUGUAACCGGCACUUUCGUCUUGUGUGGUCUAUUUCUGCUUCUACACAACGUUGUUGGGGAUACGUGUGUGGCCAUGGACCAAUGGGUGCAAAACCCGAAAGCUCACACCGCUCUAGACGAUAUUCUACCGUGCGUUGAUAACGCAACCGCGACCGAAACACUGAGUCAGACCAAGCUUGUGACGUACCAGUUGGUCGAAAUUGUUGACAAUUUCAUGAACACCAUUGCCAACAAGAACUUCCCGCCUCAAGCCCGACCCCUUUAUUACAACCAGUCGGGCCCCCUAAUGCCUUUGCUCUGUAACCCCUUCAAUGCUGAUCUCUCUGACCACCUGUGCAAGCCCGGUGAGGUCCAUCUCAACAAUGCAACAGAGGUGUGGAAGAGCUACACUUGCGAAUAUAUAACAACGGGAACAUGUAGCACGCCCGGACGUCUGACCCCAAACCAUUACACCCAGAUGGCUGCAGCAGUUAACGUAAGCUAUGGUCUGUACAAGUAUGGUCCGUUCCUGGCAGAUCUGCGAGGGUGUAACUUCGUGAGGUCCACAUUCACUGAUAUAGAGAGGGAUCAUUGCCCGGGACUGAGGAGAUACACGCAGUGGAUCUACGUGGGUCUUGUGCUGGUGUCUACUGCUGUAAUGCUGUCUUUGGUGUUUUGGGUUGUAUACGCGCGGGAGAGGAGGCACCGUGUUUACACCAAAGACUACAAUGCUAUGCAUUCUGAAGCUCCACGGGACAAGGGCCCGCUGUGAGAUGUUCUGUACUUUUUGCCAGUUUUAUGUAAAUUAUGUGUGUGAGAUGUCUGGUGAGAUCUUUUGUGUAGUGAAUAAUGGAAGGAAUCUGUGGUUGUGUGGUUGUUGUCAUUGAUGUUCUUUAUAAUUGAUAUGUUGAGAACUACUUCGAAAUUAGAGAUGUAUUGCUUUGUGGAAGUACAACCCUAUCUUUGUGUUU